AUGGAGUCCGUCGACAAACACGUCCGCGGUCCUACACAGGACCACACGCAUACAUGCACCGUCAUAUUCCUGCACGGUCGCGAUAGCGAGGCGAAACAGUUCGCUGACGAGCUGUUCGAAAGUGAAGCCAGCGUCGACCUGGCCGCCGCGGCCAACUGUCACGACCGCACCCUGCCUGGGAUGCUCGGUACUGUGCGCUGGGUUUUCCCGGCCGCGCCGUUGCUGCGCUCGCAGCGAUUUGGGGAGAGCCUGUCUCAGUGGUUCGACAUGUGGUCUGUCGAGGAGCCCGAGAUGAAGAGCGAGCUUCAACGCGACGACCUGGUCCACAGCAUUCAGAGGGUGCUCGCCGUAAUCGAGGAAGAAGAGAAGCUGGUUCCAAGGAAUAAAAUCUUUCUCUGUGGAAUUAGCCAGGGGUUUGCGACUGCGAUAUCGCUUCUGCUUGCCGAAGGCCAGGGCGGCUUUGCAGGGCUCAUCGGGUUAUGCAGCUGGCUACCUUUCUCAUCCCAAAUCGAAGCCAAGAUGACUGAGCAUCCGCCCAACGCGUCUAUUUUCACUUGCCUGCAAACUCUAUAUCGCUCCGAGGAGAACCAGUCCAUUCUGGAUGCGGUACCCAAUAAAAUCAGGGCCACUCCAGUGCUUCUGGGGCAUGCUGCCGACGAUGCUGUCGUCCCCAUGGAAAAUGCUCGACGCAUGAAUCAAAUUCUGUCGGCUCUUGGACUCAAUGUGGAGUGGCAUGAGUAUGAGGAUGGGGGGCAUUGGAUCAAUGAGCCUCAGGGCGUCGACGACAUCGUUUCAUUUAUCCAGGCAAACGUGUAG